AGACGACCAGCAAGGAGACCAAACUUAAAAACAAGAAAGAUCGGUACAAGAAGUCGGAAAGUUCAUCUAAUCAACUUCAAAAAUGUUACGUCUUCUACAGCCUCCGGUUCCUGGUACUGUACGAUACAUCGUAGUGAGACAAGUCCUUUUCAUGUACGUUGUCGUGGUGUGCAAACGUGGAUCAUGAUCGUGGAAACAGUCUUCCAAAUCCGGCAUCCAGCCCCAUUCGCGCAAUGAGCAGAGAGACAAGAGAGACCAACAGGGGAAAAGAUCGGCACAAGAAGGAGGCAAGAACUCGUUCUUUGCUAUUGGCGCUUCCAUCUUCCUUCCUCCAUAACAUGGUCGACGGCUGAAGACAGCGUCCUUCUUCCAGUUCCUUCAAUUACAGGCCACCGGUCUCGGACUGAGACUAGCUAAUAGUAUCUAGCUCAAUUUGCAGAAGCAAAUCUUCAUCACGGCCACCAUGGAUCCACAGGGCAAAUCCAAACACGGCAAGUGGCAAGUGUUUGGGCAUUCCUUCUUCGGAAAAAUAAAAACAGCUGCCGUAGAAAGGGGACGUCGGCUUUCAUGGGAGGGGCGAGAAUUGACUGAUAAACUACGGGUGCUUCUAUCGGUGGAUAGAGUGUUUCUACUGGUUGUCGCCUUGAUCCUUUCAACUAUCCUCCUGCCCCUGCUGCUGAAUUUAUUAUACCGGGGAGGAGCCAAUAGUGGGCUCAAGCAUCAAUUUUCCAACAAAAAGCUCCAAUCUCACCCAAACAGAACCUUGCUUCUGACCAACGAAGAAGCGAAUUGUGUUGCUUGGCGCGCGACUGGACAAUGCAGUCCCGAUGGACCUCUCUUGUCACAAUCCAUCCAAUCCUUCUUUACCGACACAGACUUGUCUUGCUCCGACUAUGUCCCAAGUUUUGGAUCGUCUGGAUAUUGUGAACUUGUCUCUGCCAAGACAGGUCGUACCAUCCGAGCCUUCCGAAAAUCCUGUUAUCAUGGGACAACAGAUUUGCCUUAUCCAAAAAGCAGGCAUUUUGCACCAGCCUUCCGAUGUGAACAAGCUGUGGACUUUUUGAAUUAUCAACAUCAAAUACGACAAUAUAAACCAAAACGGGACCUACCCAUGACACCAUCUGAAAGAAGGCCUAAGCGUGGCAUUCUCUUGCAGAUAUAUCCCUCCUGUCUUCCAAGUGUCUUUACAAUCAUCAAGCUACUGAGACAUGAACACAACUGCCAAUUGCCCAUAGAAUUAUGGCAUAUGGAAGGAGAAAUCAGGGAUACAGAUCCACUGGUGAGACACAUAGUUGGAAACUUUGACCACAUUGAAAUUCGAACCAUUGCGGCUACCGACAUGGGCGCAGAAAGUAAUUCGUACAUGUCAAAGCCAUAUGCCAUUGCCUACAGCAAUUUUGAUCAAAUACUGUUUCUUGACAGCGACAAUUUUCCAUUCCAGGACCCGACUUUUCUCUUUGAGACGCCCGAGUUUCAAGCGAAUAGUGCCAUGUUUUGGAAAGAUUUCUGGAACACACGUCGCAAUGACUACAUCAUGACACACGAUUCUCUGGUGUGGGAAUUGUUGGGAAUUCCCACAGAUGAUGACAAUGCAACACCACACAUUGAAAUGGAAAUGGAAUCAGGACAAAUGGUCAUUGAUCGCAGAAAGAGUGUUGCUGCUCUCCAUGCGUUACUAUAUCUCGCCAAAACGUUUGGGGAUUGGUUGGAGCCCCUGGUGCUGGUCUGGGGUGACAAGGAUUUGUUUCGUCUGGCAUACUACAUGACCUCUACUCCGUUUCAUUACAUAAAGGAGCCUCCAGGCCUGGCUGGAAGGGAUGUGGUCCUGAAAUGGAUCAGCCAUGACAAAGUAUGUGGAAUCACAAUGGUCCAGCACUCGCCCAAAGGAGAUCCACUCUUCUUUCAUAGAAAUAUUGCCAAGUUGUCCAAAGAGUCAGAUUUGUUCAAGGUAUGGCAGAAGGGGGUUAAGUUCGUGGGUAGCAAUCCUAACACAGAGUAUGCUGUGGAAGGCAGAGCUAGCUACUAUUGGCUCCAUGGCUGCUACCACCCAAAACCCCCGGUUAGGCCCUACUUCAAAGAACUUGACUAUCGUGGAUCUGAGGUGGAGCAGUUUGAAGAGAAAAUACUUCGAUUUGCGAAGGAAGGAAUUGAUAUUAUAAAGCGAAAGCAGUAAUUCUUUCGAGACGAGUGUGUUUUGCCUGGCCUGUGCUUUGAUCCGUCAAGAAUCGCAUGGAUUUGGUUCCAAUUGGAAGCACUGAAUCAGCUCUUCCCUACUGCCAACAUCACGCACCCUACUGAUCCCUUGAACUUUCCUUCUGAGCAGUCCCAAGCAUCAUUCCAAAUCAAAGCUAGUUGCUACUACCGUACGACAUCUUGUACUGGUACCUCGGCUUGGGACUAUGAAUGCUGGAGCAAUUACGGUCCAUCUUCAUGGCAAAGACGGACCGUUUUUGCUCUUUCCCAAACUAGUUUGAAAAUAAUAAAUAGUCUGCCUUAUGUGC